UGUAGAUGUCCCGUUCCGUCCCGUCCCGUCUGCAGCAGUCUGCCUCAGCACCUUGCCUGCCCGACAUGCCCUUGGAUAUUACCGGCCCUUCUCUUGCUAUAAACUACUGUAGAACUAUAGAAACCACUAAACACUAACAGGACAUCGGAGUAGGACGGAGUGUACCUGGAAUCUUGACACUUUUACACUGCGACAGAUCUAAAGGAUUUUUAGUCGUAUACUUUUUUGUUGUUGUACCGACUUUUCCCAAAUCGACGUGUAUGGAUGUAUCAUGGCUACGUUUGCAUGCAGGGUGCAGUUCUUAGAUGAUACUGAUCCAUUUAAUAGCACAAAUUUUCCGGAGCCGACCAGACCCCCACAUUUCACAUUCAGAGAGGAUAUUCCGCUCAUCAAUCAGAUCGCUGGAGUCCACAGACUUCUGAAAGCACCACACAAGCUCGAUGACUGUGCUUUACAGUUAUCUCACAAUGGCAGUUAUCUGGACCUAGAAUCCACCUUGGCCGAGCAGAGAGAUGAACUGGAAGGCUUUCAGGAGGAUGGAGGGAGAGGAAAGAAGCACAGUAUUGUCCUGAGAACACAGCUGUCUGUCCGAGUCCAUGCCUGCAUAGAAAAGCUCUACAUCUCAACCGGACGUGAGCUGCGAAGAGCUCUGUUCUCUCUCAAGCAAAUAUUUCAGGAUGAUAAAGAUCUGGUGCAUGAGUUUGUGAUGGCUGAGGGACUCACGUGUCUGAUUAAAGUGGGAGCUGAGGCCGACCAAAACUACCAGAACUACAUCCUCAGAGCUCUUGGACAAAUCAUGCUGUAUGUGGAUGGAAUGAAUGGGCUUAUCAAACACAAUGAAACUGUACAGUGGCUUUACACGCUGGUUGGAUCAAAGUUUCGGUUGGUUGUUAAAACUGCUCUGAAGCUGCUGCUGGUUUUUGUGGAAUACACCGAGACCAACGCACCCCUCCUCAUCCAGGCUGUCAACACCGUUGACACGAAGCAAGGCUGUAAGCCCUGGUCCAAUCCCAUGGAAAUCCUGGAUGAGAAAGAUGGAAUGGACACUGAGCUAUUGGUUUAUGCCAUGACCCUUAUCAACAAGACAUUAGCUGGUCUGCCAGACCAGGACUCUUUCUAUGAUGUGGUGGACAGUCUGGAGGAGCAGGGCAUGGAGGCCGUGGCCAAGAGGCACGUCAACAGGAAGGGCACAGACUUGGAUCUAGUGGAGCAAUUCAACAUCUAUGAGUCAAUCCUUCGUCAUGAAGAUGGCGAUGAUGAGGCUCAGCCUUCUCCAUCUGGACAUAAAAGUCGGCGUCGAGCCAGCGUGGGGGCCACACCUGAGAGGCGGGGUUUGGAACGACGACGGAGCCGAAGACACUCGCUCCAAAAUGGGAAAGGCCACACUUCUGCUCCAACUUCCCCCUGCCACAGCCACACACCCAACAUGCUGCCCUUUAAUGGCCAGAGAAUUGACGAUAUCAGUGAAAGAGAGGAGGAAGAGGAGGAGAAGGAUGAGGAGCUACAGAAAGCAGAGCUCUCUAGACAGGCAUCCGAAAGCUGGAUGGCAUCAACAGUAGAGGAAGCUUCUAGCUUGUGUUUGCCAUUAAAGUGCAUGGUCAACUUCAUUCCAAAUGCCGUUGAUACAGACAAUAAGGAAAACCUCUGGGACAGGCCUGGGAUUAAGAUUAUCCGCAAGGCCCCAGUGUCUUCCCCUCCUUUUAGCCCUGAUUUUGGCCCCCCGAUAUCACCCAGUCUGUCUUCUUGGGCUUCGGUCAGGUCCUUGGGGUCCCUCCCGACCCAGGGUUCCUCUGUUACCUCCUCAGCCUCCACCUCCCCAAGCGAAGACCCACUGUCCCCUGUCCUCCCUCUGCUCUCUUCCACCCUUCUUCCUGCUUGCCCAGUGGAUUCGGACAAGGUUUCCGGGGGCACUCUGCAGGGUCGAGACCCAGACAAGCACUGCAGUCUGUCAGAUGUUAAGUACUCAAACACAUCAUGCAGUUCUUGUGGCAGCAAUGGCUAUGCAGGAACAUAUCCUGGCAGGUCAUCUGGGGUGUCCAGUGCCCCCUCCACACCCCACAACCGUUUGGGACCGUCUGGGGGUCCAGGACCGGAUAGGCCGACGCUGGGGGGUUUGUUAACCUCUUCCUACAGGCAGCACCAGGACUCUCUGAAUGCAGAACGUGAGCGGAGGCGCCUGGAGAGAGAGGAAAGACUUCAGCGGAUUGAAAGAGAGGAGAGAAGCCGUUUCAAUCGGGAUUAUGUGGACAAGAGAGAAGAGGUCAAACAAGCACGAGAAGAAAGAUAUAAGCAAAUAGAGCGGCUUGCAGCAGAGGAAAAUGAAAGGGGACGUCCGAGGUCGACAACACGGGGGCGAACCGAAAUCACUCUUAGCCUGAGUUCACGAUCCUCCGGCAGCUCAUUGUCUCGUUCUGCUACCCCUUUGACUGUAGAGGCUCAGGAGGAGACACGCUCUGUCAAACAUCCAGCACAAGGAACCGAGUCCAAGACAAGCCAUCCUGUGCAGGCAGCAGUUGUGCAGCCUUCCUGUGAGCCUCUCUCUGCCUCAGCGUCUGCGCCGGUGUCGCCCUCCAAACCAGAGGAGGAACAGAGCCCCGUGGAUCCAUCAGACGUCUCCCUCUCUCUGGUUCAAACAAACUCUGAGACAGAGGAGAAAGCAGAGGAUGCUGAGGUAGAAGUGUUUGAGGAAACGGUGGUGAGUGGAAUGGAAUAUGAAAAGAAAGAAGAACCAGAAGGACACUUUGAGGAAGAAACCAACGGACUGGGUACAGAGGAGUGUGAGAGAGAGCAGAUGUUAGAUAGAGAUGUAUCAAAUGUCGUCCUGAGUGAGAAGGAAAGGCAGAAUGAGGAGCUGAAUGAGAAAGAUAACUGCUCGGCCUCCAGCAUCUCCUCAGCCAGCAGCACUCUGGAGAGAGAAGAACGAGAGGAGAAACACGUCAGUCACAGUGACUCAGGCCAGUGGGCAGACUGUAUGAAUACAGCGGACGUCAACGAUCAGUGCAACAAUGUGCUUAACAGCAAAUGCUACAUGCUGGACAUGCUUUAUUCCCAAAACAAAAAGGGAGAGGAAAAUGAGAAAGAAAAGGAGAAUGAGAAAGGAUGUUCAGAUCAGGACUCCUCUGUGUCGAGCCUUGCUAGUCGCAUUUCCACUCUGGAGGCGCAUCGGCAGGCAUGUGAGGAUAACAUGAAGAAACUGGAAGUGGAGCAUCUCGAUAACCAGGGUAGCGUGAGGGCUGUGGCUGAGAAAUUUGGAGAUUUGGUGAAAGGACUGGCAUUGGCUCAUGAGGUGGAGCAUUCUGGAAAGGAAAAGCAGCAAGCACAGGAAAAGCCUCCACCAGCUCCUUCACCAACACCCCCCAAAAAGGAGUCAGACCACAUAUGGGACCAGCUAAUGGCCAUGCCACGUGAACUUCGAAUCAAAGAGCUGGACUUCACAGACUUGGGAGAGGAGGAUGAUGUGGACAUUUUGGAUGUCAGUAACGUGAUCGAGACGAGUGACCUCACGCCACCUCCUCCUCCUCCUUGCCUUCCACCUCCACCACCUUUAUUUGGAUGCCCCCCACCUCCCCCUAUCUCUGGCAUGAUGAGGCCCCCUCCACCGCCCUUUUUGGCUUCUAUACCUCCCUCACAUCUUGGAUCUCCUCAGCUUAGUCGAGGAGAACCCCCGCUCUUCCAAAAAAAGAAGAAGACAAUUCGGCUGUUUUGGAAUGAAGUUAGACCUAUAGACUGGCAGUACAACAACCACAAGAGAUGCAGGGAGUCACUGUGGUCCAAACUGGAUCCAGUCAAACUGGACACGGCCAAGUUGGAAAACCUCUUUGAGACGAAAUCCAAGGAGCUGCCAGUUACAAAGAAAACGGCAGCAGAUGGGAAGCGUCAGGAGAUCAUCGUCCUGGAUUCCAAGAGAAGUAACGCCAUCAACAUUGGCCUGACGGUCCUGCCACCUCCUCGCACCAUCAAAACAGCCAUCCUCAACUUCGACGAGUACGCCUUGAGCAAAGAGGGCAUAGAGAAAAUCCUGACAAUGAUUCCGACGGAGGAGGAGACGCAGAAGAUUCAGGAGGCCCAGCUGGCGAACCCCGACACUCCGCUGGGCAGUGCAGAGCAGUUCCUCCUCAUUCUGUCCUCCAUCAGUGAGCUGUCCGCCCGCUUGCAACUUUGGGCCUUCAAGAUGGACUAUGAUGGCUUAGAGAAGGAAGUAGCAGAACCACUACAGGACCUAAAGGAGGGAAUGGACCAAUUAGAAAAGAAUAAGACGCUGCACUACAUCCUUUCAACUCUGCUAGCUAUUGGCAACUUUCUCAAUGGGACCAAUGCUAAAGGCUUUGAGCUGAGUUACCUAGAGAAAGUUCCUGAGGUGAAGGACACCGUUCACAAACAGUCUCUACUGCAUCACGUCUGCUCCAUUGUUGUGGAGAAGUUUCCAGACAGCUCAGACCUCUAUUCUGAGAUAGGAGCCAUCACUCGCUCUGCUAAGGUGGACUUUGACCAGCUGCAGGAAAACCUAUGUCAGAUGGAGCGGCGCUGCAAAGCAUCCUGGGACCACCUGAAGGUCAUCGCCAAACAUGAAAUCAAACCAGCCCUUAAGCAGCGCAUGUCUGACUUCCUUAAAGACUGUGCAGAAAGAAUUAUCAUCCUUAAAAUUGUGCAUCGCCGCAUCAUAAACAGGUUUCACUCAUUCCUGCUGUUCCUGGGCCACCCACCGUAUGCGAUAAGAGAGGUGAGCGUUCACCGCUUCAGUAAGAUUCUAAGUGAGUUUGCACUUGAGUACCGCACCACCAGAGAGCGAGUACUGCAGCAAAAACAGAAACGGGCCAAUCACCGCGAGAGGAACAAGACCCGGGGCAAAAUGAUCACCGAGAGUGGGAAGUUUGCAGGCGCUCCUCUGGAGGGUCAGGAGUGUCCGCCACAGGGUUUGGGCUACACGGAGGACGUAGCUGAACAUGAGCAGAUGACUGCAGUACUACGCACCAGCCUGCAGGGCGGCGACAGUCCCUCAUCUGUUCUCCCUGGCCUCCGCACACGGACUCGAGCCACCCGAGGCCAUACCGCACUUUUGUCUGCUGCAAACGAAGACACUUCUAAUUGCACAAAUGAUACAGCAGAUGAGAUCAUGGAGCGGAUUGUGAAAUCAGCAACUCAGGGCCCCAGUCAGCGCACACAGCCCCGCGAGAGGAGACGCUCCAGAGCCAACCGCAAAUCCUUAAGAAGAACACUGAAGAACGGUCUUACGCCAGAGGAGGCACAGGCGCUGGGAUUGGCCAGCAGCUCUGAGAUGCAAGUGUGAGACAGCAUACGCUCAGGGUCUCAGCACAAACACACACACACACGAGCUGGAACAGGUCGCUUUAGCUCCGGUUUGCUUUAUUCUAGAUCUGGAGCAGGUGCAUGUUCCUGGGUUUGUGUUUAACUGUUUUACGAUGGUAAUUGCUGUGGACAGUUCAUAUUCUCACAGGUGAAAGGGAUUAUAAUCACUAACCCAUAUACUUAACCUUGGACGCGUAUUCAGACCUUACUCCAUUUACUAGCUUCACCUGCAUUUGCAUAUUGUCCCAAGGUGGUCUAAGAGAAUAAUGAGAACCACUCCAGGUGCAUUUCCACUGUUCCUGCUCUGUACGUGUAGACUGUUAACAUGAUAUCCCAAACGUCCAUUUUAAUGCAUUUUUGAAAGAGAACAAGCACAGUUUCUGCACAACGUUUGUAGAUGCUCUCUCUCUCUCUCUCUCUCUCUCUCUCACACACACACAGCCUGUAAAAUGCUGAUUGUCCAGUUCUCCAGUAGCUACGUCUCUUACCGCUGUGGCCUUCAGAAUGAACCAAAAAAAAAAAAAAAAAGUUUGAAGAUGACUGGAUGCUUCUCCUAUCUUUUUUUGUUGGUACGGGCUGUUUGGUUGAACUCAGAUGGCACCGGAAUUCAGCAGUCGCACCUUCAGUCUUCAUAUUUCAUGUAAAUCAGCAACCAUUCUCCUUUGGUUUGCUGCUGUGUUAAAGUGUGUUUGUUUGUGUAUUUUAAAAUAGCAGAGCUUUUUGUGUUACAUGUACGGUUACUUUCAAAUUGCUUGAAGUUGAGCAAGUUGGGGGGAAAACAAAACUUACAUUUUCUUAAAUUUCUGCUGAACCCUGAAGUCACCUUGUGUGGACAAACCGGUUUCACUUAGGUAAAGAUUACCAAAUUACUUUGCUCACAAAUGCGAACAAACUAUAAAUUCUCAUUCUCAUUUUCUCUUCCUCAUAUAUUUUCUCCAUGGUAAUACAUUAAUUUCAUAACUUCCAAGAUGAAAAAGUAGACAAUCGUCUAAUUUAAAUGGAAAGACUAGCUAUAUUUGUUUAAAAAAGCAGCAAUGGCAUGUUUUUAUCAAAUUAGUGCCUUGAAGAAAUGUAUUUUAUGAUAAUUUGAUUAUUGGCAUUUAAGGAAAAAAGGGGAAACAAUUUUAAAGGAAUAGUUCAUUCAAUAAUUCAGGACUUCAAUGACAAAAGUAUACAUUAUACGGUGUAUAAUAUACAAUUUUGUCAUUAAAGUCCUGUAUUUUGAAUAUUUUUACAGAACAAAAAUAUCCUAUGGGUUUGGAGAGUGUAAAUUACAGAACGUUAGCAAGAUUAAAGUCGCUUUAUUUUUUUUGGAAAUUUAACAUUUCCCACAGACACACGUCCACUGUCUAUGAUAAUAGAACCAUUUAGCACCUUAUCAUGUGUAGCAUGCAAUUUCGAAAGGAAUUGGAAAAUUAAGUACUAUAGAGACGAUUUUUUUUCUCACCUUUCCCUCAGAUUUUUACUCUGAGCAUUAUGUGGAUAAGAGAUUAGAUACAUGUAAAGUAGAACCGUGAUGUAGAGGCUAAACGUGAGACAGAUGCUGUAAAAUUGUGUAAAUGUCACUUCAAUGUUUUUAUUUUUAUGUUGUUUGUUUUGUUUGUAUUUUGUAUAGAAUAGUGUAUAGGUCAAAAGCAGUGUUAUUCUGUGAAAAUUCUAAUUUAAGAGAAAAUAAGCCAUGCAUGGUUCAAACAGUAAAUGUCAGCAGGCAAUGUCAAUAUAUUGGGGUUAAGUGGAUGGAGCCUGUGACGUCUCGAUACCCUGUGAACGUAGCUUUUGUGUUUCAUGUGUUUACACAGCACAGACUUGAAACAUUGUCAUGCACCCAUCAGCCCUGCUUAAAUGGCCUUUGAUAUUAUUGCACUCGCAUACAGAGUUUCACCCAUUGCUAUACAAGUGCCAUAAAAAGUUGGUUUUGAAUAAAGGAUCGAGAAUGUGAAAAUUUGACUUUUAAAUUCCUAAAGGAAAAAGCAUUUACUGUACUUUGCAAUAAAAAGCUUUUACAGUGUAGAUCUGAAAAAAUCCUGCUUCCUUUAUGUUUCUCUAAUGUAGUACAGUAAGAUUGAGCUUAUAUACAUCACAGAGAGACUCACAACUUCCUUGUAAGGUAGCAAAACAUUUAGCUUAAGUGAAAACAUGACACUUUUCACAUUAAGAAACUAUUUCUCCAUGUAUACAUUAGUGGAAUUCAAAUGGUACAUUUGCAUCAGUUGAAACAUUCAUUUUCUUGCAAAGUGCAUACCAACUGUACACAUUUGAAGUAUAAUCAUCAUUGGAACAUAUCUACUAAGUGAACACUGCACUUUACUCAUACCUUUAAGCAAAAUAUAACUCUACCAGCUCUCUGAUCAGCACACAUGUACAAACAUAGUCUAAUUUUACAAAAUACACUUUGAAAAUGAAGAAAAAUAAAACUGAAAUAUAGCUGCGAGCAGCGAUUACGGGCCCAAGUCGUUGGCCCUUCAUCGCUGCUCGCAGCUAUAUUUUAGUUCUUCGUGGAUUACAUGAAUAGCCAAAAUGCACAGAUCCGUGCGAGGAUUUUUAGUUGAAAACAGUGUCGUGCAAAACAGUCAAGAAUGUCGCAUUUACGAGAAAUAAUCUGUUUUUGUGAGAGAUAGUCGCAAUGAGUUCAACGGGUUUCAAUACAAUUCACUCAUUCAGUCAGUCACACAAACUCUCCAAGAACAGUUGUUAGACAUAUCACCACCUUUAUUUAGGGUCAUGUACAGCAGAUGGUUCUCUUGCAGUGUCACAGGGCUCCUCUAAAAUGAGCUGUGGCCACAUCGAAACUGAUGGAAUCUCAUUACAAUCAUAAUUGUAUGACAAUUUUAGUGCAACAACAGACAUGUAACAUGCCUAAUGCAGUAAAGAUGUUGGUUGUACAAGACCAUACAAAAACAACCUUGUGUGUUUUGUUUGUUUGUUAGAUAUAUCUAUGGCAAAAGUGAGUUUGCAUUUGUCCCCAUAACUUUGUCAGCAAGGACAGAAGAAAGAUGCCAUGGAAAAGCAAAAAAGCAAGAAAACAAAAAUCUCAA